AUGCAUGUAUGGUGGACGGUAGUGGAAGUUCUUCACCCUGGACGUCCUACUGUUCCUAAAGCAGAUAUUAGGGAGAAGAUAGCGAAAAUGUAUAAGACAACCCCUGACGUCGUCAUUCCUUUCGGUUUCCAGUCGGCUAUCGGUGGUGGAAAGACGAAAGGAUUCGCACUUAUUUAUGAUACUCUUGACUACGCGAAGAAAUUCGAGCCAAAAUACCGCCUAAUUCGUAUGGGUCUGGCUCAGAAAGUUGAUAAAGGAGGUCGGAAGCAGCGAAAGGAACGAAGGAACCGACAAAAGAAAGUUCGCGGUAUCAAGAAGGCCACUGUUUCGGCUGGAAAGAAGUAA